AUAAAUUAUAAAAGCAGAAAAGCUUCGUUUGAAAUAAGUGUAAUAGUCAAAGGAAAAACUGUUUUCCAUUUCCGUUACUAAUACUACGUUGAACAUGUUUCUAACUAUUUAGAUAUCGGCUUGUUUCUUUGAAGAAAAGUGUGAGAAAAGCAGCGUCUACCGUAAUAUAAAAUCUAUACAAUCAAAAGGAAAAUUUCAAAAGAAUAAUAAAUAUUCUGUUGUAAUCGUUCUCGGAGACGAAUUACUCGUCCGUCGUAACGGCGUCGCGAGCCAAAAUGUCCGCAGGUUUGUGAUAGGAAGUGUACCCUCGUCUGUCAACAUUUCUUAACUUUGACAAAGUAUGGUAUUAGGAAAGCUUUUAAAUUAUCGACCAAUAUAACGUAUUUUCGCAAUAAAUAAACGUGAAAAGCUAUAAAGCAGAUUGAAAGUUAUGCUUGUAUUAAUGGUGUUGUGUUGGUAUGAUUUGUGUUUGUAGCUCUUAUGCAAACUGAAAGACGAUGAAGAAUUAAGUUUAGUAAAAGAGAUGCAGUGGGUAUGAAUUUAUUAUAUAAUUAAAAUGUCAAGUGACAGUGAUCAUAAAUACCAAGUGAUCAAGCGCAGAAGGCUUGUCAUUAGAGAUGACGAAAGUAGCGACGAAUCUAUCAUUGUACGCUCUCAUAGAAAAAAGCAAGUACAUAGGGUUGUUAGCGAAGGAGAAAGUAGUGAUGAAGAAAGUGAUGUUGCAAAACCAAUGAUUCGAAGAAGAAAUUAUAGAGUAAUUAGCGAGGAUGAUACAACAGAUGAUGAAAGUAUUGUUUCAGAUGCAAGUAGAUCAAUUAACUGUGAAAGUGAUAGUUCUGGAUGGCAAUCUGAUUUCACAAGUACUGAUGAAGUGGAUAAUAAAACUGGAAAUUGUAAUACAAGUCAUAAAUCACAUAGUAAAUCAAAAACCAAAAAAGAGAAAGCUGAUACAACAUCAACAGCAGUACCUGAAGUUGAUUCAGAUAAUAGUGAUGAACAAAUAGAAAAAUGUCCUAUAUGUUUACUGCCAUUUAGAAAGCAAGAAUUAGCUACACCAUCAUCUUGUGAACAUUGUUUCUGUCUUGAUUGUUUGAUAGAAUGGAGUAAAAACAUUAAUACUUGCCCAGUAGAUCGCCAAACAUUUACAGUGAUUCAUGUGAGAAAACAACUUGGAGGGAAGAUUCUGAGGCAUAUACCUGUUGAAAUAACACCUCGCACCGAGGAACAUGUACAAGAAGAUCCAACUUUUUGUGAAGUAUGUCAUCAAUGUGACAGAGAAGAUCGAAUGUUGUUGUGUGAUGCCUGUGAUUCUGGUUAUCAUUUGGAAUGUCUUACUCCUCCUAUGACUGAGGUUCCCAUGGAAGAAUGGUUUUGUCCAGAAUGUUCUCAAAAUAGUCAAAACGAUGCUGAAGCGGUUGAAAUUGAUUUGGAUGAAAUCUCAGAUCUCAUGGAAGAAGCACGACGACUUGGUGUUUCAUAUGGUCGAACUCGUACCGGAGUUUCAAAUGAACAUGUUCAUUCUUUACCUAGAAUAAUUCCUAGAACUCGACAGACUGAACGUGUACGCGCAAAUAUUCGCAAUCGUGCUCGUGAAUUACAGAUAAAUAGAGUACACAAUCAUGAACAAAUAUUUGAUCCAAAUCAACCAUCCACUUCAUCUGGUUUGGAAUCAGUUGGUGAUAAUAGCAUAAGUCGCUCCCCAAUAACUUCAAAGUCUAAUUCUAAAUCUAAAUCUAAAGGCAAAACAGCUAAAAGAAAGUCAAAAAAACGGACGAGAUCGUCAAAUAAUAAUGGUACUCUUGUUCGAGAAGUACGUAUUACAGAAUAUAAUGAUGAUGGAGAGGAAGAGGAAAUUGUUACAUAUGUUAAAGUUGCACCAGCCUCAUCACGAAGGAAGUCUAAGAAAAGAACAAAGAGAACGCGCAAGAAGUGGAAACAAAAACGUGCACGUACCGUAUCUUCUGUGUUAGCUAGUAAUAAUACAGUUAAAAGAAGAUUAAGUAAAACUUUAGGAAUUAAACCAAUCAAAAAUAGUCCAUUGACUGUCAUAAAACCUCAACAACCUGUUUCCAAUCAAUCAAUUGUCAAUGAUAGAUAUAAUGCUUUUAUUCCUCAAGUUAGUCUUUUUGGAGAGAAUCUUGGAUUAGAAUAUAGUCCACCUGGAUCUGAUGACGAGCAGCUUGGUUCAAUUGGCGAUGGCCCUGUAGUUAGCAUUCAAAGACGCUCCGUAGUCGCGUCAAUUAGAAGACAUGUGGCUGUAAAGGGUAUUGCCAAUCCUCUUGACAAUUUGGAGGUACAAGACACAGUGGAUGUUUUAGGCAGUAUUAUCAAUAGCCAAGAACUAUGGCACUCACGAAAGAAAAACAAUGUUAUUCUUAAGGCAGAUGGAUCUUUACAAAUAAGUGAUAGUGAACAUAAAAAUAAACACAGCAUUAAUAACAAUGAAAGUCCCAAAAAAGAAAAAGAGCACAUUGAUCGUCAUAAGCAAGUCAUAAAAAAUUCUGAUACACCUUUAGAUUUGUCUAAUGUUAAUCCAAAUAACAUUAUGCAAGCUCCCUUGUAUAAUAAUCCCUGUGGAGGAGGUAAUAGAGGAAAUUUUCGUGGCGGGUAUCGCGAUAACAAUCGUCACGGUGGACAAAGUUACGGUGGUAGAGAAUCUCUCUCGGGUGGAGGUCGACAUGGUUAUGGUGGAUCAGAUGCGAGGGACAAUUUUGGCCAUCGAGACUUCCGAUCACCAGGAUAUUACAAUCAGAACUUUGAUCAUUGUGGAGGUCCACCUAUGUUUGGAAAUAAUCCACCAUUUAGAAAUCGCAAUCCUCAGCAUUUCCGAAAUGAAAGGUUUCGAUUUCCUGCUCCGGAAAGGACACCGUUUACCUUUACAGACGGUUUCGAAAGAUCAGGUUUUCCUCCUGAAAGAUUUCCAAGAUCGAGGCCACCGUUACGUAUGCCUGGACCGCCGGUAGGUCCUCCUCCUCCUCUAGGGCCAGGGGUACGGCCACAACAUACGCAAAAUCUACCUCCAAAUCUUUCUGAUGAUAUGUCAAGAAAUUUUCAAGGAGAACGAGACAAUUUUAACUCGCACGUUAUUGAAACUGCCUCUACAUCUUUAGUAAGACAAGAUAACGAUGACUGUGAUAUUUAUUGUGACAUUGAUACUACGAAUAAAUCCGGAUAUGAUGUUCAAGAUCCUUGUCACAAUAAUAGUGGAAUGGUUUUGUUACCACCCCCCGAACCACCUUCCGAAUUGCUAGAUUUUGAUGAAAAUUCUAAAAGUGAUAAAGACAAUGAUAGUGAUCAAGAAUUAGUUAUUGAUGACUCUCAUAAAGAUGAUGCAAAUAAGGAAUUACAAAGUGGUGAUAAGUACGAUCCAUUCACAGCUGAUAGUGAUAGUAACGAUAGUACUCGCAACAAAAAUAGUGAAAAAGAUCCAUCUAUAAUAAAUAGUUACGAUAUACCAAUACCUUCAGAUCCUCCACAAGCACCAUCAACUUUUUCACAAGCAGUUCCUACUUGUCAAAAUAUACAACAAGCCACGGCUCAAAACGUAAGAUCUGAUAUUCGCUUGACGGCUUACGACGACGACGACGACGACGAUUCGCAAGUAGAUUGUCCUAAUUUAUCAAUUUACUCGUCACAAACGAUGGAUGUUGCUAGACAUACGGAACAGGAAUUAUCACAACAAAUUGGACCACUGGAACCACCACCGCUUCCACCGAAUAUACCGGACGAUGACGACGUCAUAGUCGGAGAUGUUCAAGCUUGCGACUUAGCCGAAAUUCCUGAACCGUCGGAUUCUUAUGUAAAGUCGCUACAGAGAGAGAGAAAACCAUUCACUAAAAUAAUACCUAAGAAAUUAUCGCAUGAAUCUAGAAGUAAAAUAACAUUUAAGAUCGGUAGUAAAUUUAAACUUAAUAAUAAAUUAAAUAGUUUAUACGACGAUCUCGAUGAUAUUCCGGACGAAGUUGAAGAAAAAAAAUUACAUAACGAAAAGCAAUCAUCCGAUAAAUUAAAAACGAAAACUGAUCAAAAAAAAGACGUCGAAAAAGAAUCCAAAUCCAUCGAGUCAGAUUCUGGUAAAGACAAAAAUGGUGUUAAAGAGUCAGCAAAAGCUGAUUUAAAAGAUAAUGACAAAUCGAAAUUAAAGGAUCGAGGAGAUGAGGAGACUCUGCAAAAGUUAACGCAAAUAAAUAACAAAGAAAAAGUAGAUGCGGGCAAAAAUCGAUCUAACAGCGAUCAGGAUGAUGUAGAAAAACGUACUGAUCAAACGGAUAAAGAAAAAUUUUCUAUUCAAGAAAACAAAAUUUCAGAAAAUGAUUCUAGCAAACAUUGUAAAAAUAAUGACAUUGAUAACGAACAAAAAAGUAAUGUUACUUUGCAGCCAGUUAUUGAUAUAACGGAGAAAAGUUCAGAUACAAUUAUCUCCAUCGCUGAUACUCUGGAAUCAUCGCCUAAAAAAGCAGACGGUAACGAGUUAACUGCGGAAUAUAUCGAGGAUAAACUUGAUGAUUUAAACGUAAGAAAAAAUAGCCCAAAUCAAAAAGAUGACGACGAUGGAAGAACUGAAACAGCUUGUUUUAGAAAAAUCCAAUGGGAAUAUCAAAGUGACAAUUUAAAGGACAAUUCAAGUAAAUUGAAAUCCAGUAAAAUUGCCUCGUUGACAGAAGAAAAUUUGAGAAGUACUGCCGGAGAUAGCGAUUGCGAUUUAGAAAGUGAAAAGGAAGAUAGAAGUAGAGAAUUCAGUGAUAACGAAGAUUUAAAUAGUUCUAAUAGGCAAUGUAGAAAGAGUAGCCUUUCUUUUCGUACCGAUGACGAUGACGAACGAUUUCCCAUCGAAAAGGAGAAUACUCAGCAGUUAUUAGUAGAGAAUUUGGAUCAGCAUACGUGGGAUUCCGAUGGUGCAUACACGCCCUGCAAAGACGAGUUACCUGUAAACGAUCGAUGCCACGAAUCUUUAACACCAUUUGAAAGUGGUUUGGAACCGAUUACACCAACCAAGGAUAAAACGAACGAUGAUUUGGAUGGAUGUAGGACACCGGUAGAUUAUGCUGGUUUAGGAACCGAAGCGAUAUCGGAAACGGAUGAAGCAAUGAACUUCGAAGACGAACUGACCGUUUCGAAUAUUAGAAAGGAGAAGGAUAUGGAGGAAGGGGAGAUAUUGGACGACAGUAAAUUAGCCAUGAAAGAGAAUGAGAAGCCGAAGGAUAAGGACGAGGAAAAUAAGAAGAAGAAAAAGAAGGAGAAGAAAGAGAAGGGUAAAGACGUAGAGAAGAAUAAAGAAAAUAUAUCUUCUGACAAUCAUGUGGCAUGGAAGAAAAUUUCGAAAAGUACGAAGGAGAGACAGUAUCGCGACAAGGACAAGAGAUCAAAAUCGAAAGAAAAGGAAAAGGAUAAGGAUAAGGAUAAAGAGAAAGAGAAGGAAAAGGAAAAGGAUAAGGAGAAAACGAAAAAGAAAGCUAAAGAAGUUACGAAGAAGAAAGAAAAAAGGAAAGAACUGCCAAGAUACGACGUUAGAAAAAUCGUAGCUGAGAAGCCUGCUAGACCUAAGAAGGACGAGUAUGGCAGAGAUAUAAGAGAAAAAUCGCGAAGUAGAACUAGAAGUCGCAGUUUAUCGAGUCGAAUGUCACGUUCCAGGGAUCGAAGAAGUCGUUCUUACUCGAGAUUAAGAUCGAGAAGUAGAUCUAGACUUAGACUCCAUAGAUCGUGGUCGAGAGAACGAAGAUCUUAUUCGAAGACAGGUGGUAGAUCUGCGUCGAGAAGAUCGUUAUCCCGAUCUCGACGUAGAUCUCCAAGGAGAAGAUCUCUUUCUAGAAGACGAUCCUUGUCAAGAAAACGAUCGAUCUCUAGGAGAAGAUCAAGAUCGAGAUCAACUUCGCGGAAACGUCGAUCUCUAUCGCCAAGGCGAAGAUCGCGAAGAAGAUCGCUCUCGAGAUCUCGUACCAGAAGAAAAACAAAAUUGAAGAAAUACAAGUCGAGGAGCCGAUCGAGAAAUCGUAAGAGAUCGCGUUCUAGAUCUCCUAAGGCAACGUCGAAAUCACGAGAGAAGAGACACAACAAAAGAAAGCCCGCCAGUAGAUCACGGUCGAAAGGUAGAUCCUGUUCGCGUGAACGAGACCGCAGUAGAAAUUGGGAUCAGAUCAAUGAGAAACCGAUAGAACAUAAUCAACAUUUUUCACGGGAACGCGACGAACGCGAAUCUUGGAGCGCCGAAUGGACACCGUCGUGGUCCAGAUCAAGAUCGAAGACACCAUCUCAUACUCAACCCGAACCUUUGCCAUCGCGCGAGUGGUCACCGCCUUCUGUCCUGGAUAGCGUAUCGGUACCUCCUAAAAACUUAACUGUUAUUCUAACUAAUAAGGAAGCUAUUAAGAAGAAGAAGAAGGAACGAAGGAAAGAGAGUAAGAAAUCGAAGGAACCCGAGAAACGAAGGAAAACUAAGAGAAAUAGAACUCCACCGCCGUCUAAAGAAGUCUUCGCGAGUGGUGACAACAUUUUAGUCAGCGUGUGCUUCAACAAAGAGAACGAAGCCAAUCAGACGAGCGCACCGGAACUACCCGAAACUAUUCCGCUUAUACAACCCUUGAAACGUAGACGUAGAGAACCGAUGCAAGCGGAGGCAGCAGCACCUAAGAGAUCAAAGAAGGACAAGACGAAAGUUAAACGAUCGAAAUCACCCAAAGGGAAGAAAGAAAAGAAGAAGAAAUCAAAGGCAGCGGAGAUCGCGGCUACCAAGAAACCCGUAGCUGUAAUCGACCUGGACCAAUCACCUUUCCGAGAACAGACUCCUUCUCCUCGCGACGUUAUAGUUUUAAGCGACGACGACGAUAAACAGGCACAAGAGGUAGCUACUCCGGAACAAUGCCCACCACAGGCAUCUCCUCCACGCGAGCAAUUCGUUUCGCAAGGUCCAAAGACACCGCCGGAACCACAAAUUAAAUUUUCAAUAAAUAAACAAACGAGCAAUCUUAGACCUUCCAUGAUGAAUCCUUUAUUGGAAGAAGAGGAAGAGGAAAUGGAUGAAAGAGUCGAGGAGGAACUUGAAAUGAGAGCUCAGGAGGAAUUAGAAUUACGAUUGAAAAUUGGCCCCAACACUCCACCAGAUCCACCUACCUCACCGCCAACUUCUCCCGACGCAUACGAUCCAUUCGAUCCCACAAAAUCUCGAUCACCGACCCCCGAUGUAAGCCAAGAAGCAACGUCGAACGACGAGAGAGACAAAAGUCAAAGAAAUUCGCCGAGAAGUCACGAUGCUACGGAUAUCACCUUGAUGCCUGACGAACCUAUGCAACAACAAGAUCAGCCUGCACAAGAGAAACAACUUGAAAAGCCAAAAAUAAUCUCGAUGGUAACGAUUAAAAGAGCGUCGCCGAAAAGAGACUCAUCGCCGGUGGCGGAGAAUCAAACGGAUACGGUACAAUCAUGUAGUAGUCCACCGAAAGUACAACAGAAUCAACAAAAUGCACAAUCUACUAGUAAUCCAUUUGCUACUAUCAAUCCUGUUUUGGCGACUGUUGCUGCUGCAGUACAGAGAAGCACUGGAUUUAGUACUAACACACCUAAUACGAGUCAACGUAAUUUGAUACAGUCAAAUCGCAUUUCACCAAGUAGUCAAAUUAAACAGCAACGUACAAGCGAUAGACCGCAGCUUCCUAACAUCUUUACUAAUAGUACAAAAUCUACAUUAACGCGUGCUUCCAAAUCUAAUCAAAAUAAAAACAGUUCUACCAUGGGACAAAAUGGCAGCGACGUAAUAAUGGAAGCGACCAACGAUGCUGUCGAUAUGUCUUCGCCUUAUUCGCCAGGAUCGAGUUUAAGCGAUGGCAUGUUCGAUCCACCUAGUCCAGGGAAUUAUAAUAGUCCUUCUAUUCAACCAGUCAUCACAAAUAAUAAGAAUAAUGCAUCUAAGCCAAAUAAAAGUACAGAGAAGAAAGAUGCUUUUGAUGCAUUGUUUGCGGCAGGACCACCUCCAAAGGCAGUCAGUAAAAGUAGGAGUAAAAAACCUACUGAAAAGAAGAAGAAAUCCACUAAUCCAAAAGUUGGAGUGCGCAUGGACGAAAAUCAACUUCAAAUUUUGGAUGAUCUUCCUAGUUCUGCAGUAGAAAUGCAAGUAAAAGAUAAGUUCUUGAAGAAAUUAAAUCGUCAAGAAAGAGUCGUAGAAGAAGUAAAGUUAGUGUUAAAACCACAUUAUACCAAAAAGCAUGUUACAAAGGAAGAGUAUAAGGAUAUUAUGCGGAAAGCUGUACCGAAGAUAUGCCAUAACAAAACGGGAGAAAUAAAUCCUAAGAAGAUAGCUCAUUUAAUAGAGGCAUAUGUGAAAAAACUUCGAAACAGUAAAAAACAAAAAGUAUCUUUGACUUCAACAUCAAAGGCCUCGAAACCGGCGAAAACGCUGUGGAGUUGAUCAUAUGUUGGAAAUGUUAGUGCAUGAACAAUUUCUUAAGUCGUAGGCCUCUCCGUAAAUCGCGAUUAAGCACAUUUUAUCGUCCGGGUUGUAAGUGAGUCAGUGUUUUUGGGUACCACACUCCAUCACAACCACCGAAUAAUGUGUAUUAUGUGUACAUACUUAAUUCACUAAUUUUAAGCGUAAUAUUUUUAUUUAUCUACGUAAUUCUUUACACACACGUAUGAACGACGGAGUUCAAUAUAAUAGAAUAUUAUGAAGUUUAAUGUGUAGACAUCAUGGUCUAUAUUCAAGUUGCACAUUUGGGAAAUCUAUGAUCGUUCUCUUAGUAUCUUCUUUUUAUCGACAUAGAUGAUACUAGCAUUUCUACACACAUAUGUGUUAUGAAUGUAGACCAUUAUUAUGAUCUACAUUUAAGACUAGGGAGUGUAAAAUAAGAUCAUAUUUAAAUAUGCGUUCAUGCUCUCAACACAUGAUGAGAAUAAAAUGCUCAAGAUAUUCAUGUCGCUAUUUAUGGGAGAGGAAGUAAAUUGGCCGGUAAUUUCUGUAUAGCCUGAUGUAAAAUUAUUAGAUUUUUAAGCUAAUUAUAUUAUUAUGAAUAAGAAAUGGCCUGUGUCCUGGAAGUUUUUCAUACGAUUUUAUUUCCAACAAACUAGGAAAUGAAAGAUUUCAUUUACACUACAACUUCAUUGUGAACAAUAUGAAUAAAUGGCUUAUACCGAUAUAUACAUGUUCGUUGGUUAACAAAUUCAGAUGUAAAUAAGAUCGUGUAUAGAACUUCAAAACGUCUAAUAUACGAAUCUAAUAGAAAAUCAAUGUUUUUACUUUCACAUAUUAAAUAUAUUUCAUUUGAGAUAAAAAUUAUAUUCAUUUGUUUUACUUCAAAGUAGGAUAUAUACUCUGUUGUAUGUCACAUUCGUAUUACAAUAUUGACAUAUUUUCCUACACUAUCUUAUGCAAAUCUUUUAAAUAAAUGCAAUGCAAACUUUGCAUAGUCACAUUCUGUUAUUCAAAGUGUGCAUUCGACACGAAGAUUAAAGGAACGUGCAUUAUAAUAAAGCUUUUAAAUAACAUCUAUCUCAAAUAAGAUAUGUGUUUGUUCAUGGAAAGAUGAUGUUAUUUAUAUAAAGAAAGUCUCUGCUUCUUGCAAUAAUAGAUUAUCAAAGUCUAUUUGUGGGUGAGGUUAGGUUUAUUAAAAUAAGUUAUAGAGGAAAACUAAUCACAGAAUUGUAUAGUUCAUUUCCUAAGUAUCUAAACACAUAUUUUACCCAUCACAUACAACAACAAAAAUACAUUAUUUGAUUAAUCUACAUAUUUCAAAGUUAUAUUACACAUUUCAAAAUUUAUUUUUAAUUUUAUCAAAGUGAGAGAUCUGUAGAUUUUGUACGUUCUAAGAUCGCAUUAAAAUGUCUGAUUCCUCUUGCGAUUUACAUUAUGCGUUAAGUAUGUGGAAUGUGUUUUAUUAGAAAAUAAAAAUUCAUAAAUCCACACUUUACACCAUUACAAAUGGAUCUUUAUCUCUAUUCACUGAUACAUGUAGAAACUGUUUCAUAUGGACAGUAUGUGCAUGAACAUUUUUGUACUAAAUAUAAUAAUGUAUAUAUAAAUGAGCGAAAAUAAAUGACAAAAAAAACAUUUAA